UGGCGAGUACUUUCCAUUUAUGAAGAAAAGGCCAAAAUCCAAGUAUUGCCAAAGAUCCUGCCUCUUCCACUGAUUUCAAGUUUAAAUAUCUGCUUUUUCCUGCGUUUUUCGUCGACCUUUUCGACGGCUUCUCGAUUUAAAGAGUGAUGGAGAAGGUUGUGGAUUGCCUAGAGAAUGCGUACCAAGAAUUCGUUGAUGCCGCCGCCGCUGUGUUGGAAACAAAGGCGUCUUCCGAUUGUGAGCGCACGGCAGCAACGGAUGCUGCGUUGGAAAGUUUCAAAAAGAAAUGGGAAACUUUCAAAGCGGCAUGUGAUCAAGCUCAAGAAUUAGUUGAUUCCGUGAAGCAAAGGAUAACGGCCAAUACGACGUUCCCUGUUAAUGAGGACAUGAUCGAUAUCUUCGACCAUUCCAUUGUUGAUUUUGAUGAUUAGAGAAGGUAACUCCAUUUUCUUUUCUUUUUAUCUACUUAUUUUUCUUAUCAUCAUGUUUUUCAGCACUAUAAACAUGUUUAGUUUUCAUUUUCGAUAUUUGGAUGGAAUUUAAUGGGAACAAGUGAGAGUUAAUUUU